GUGAUUUUCUGCCAGUAAGUUCUCUGGGCUGUACAUUCUCAACGACAAUUCUGCAGAGGAUCACAAAUGACAAUAGGAGCUGAUGAACUAAGGAUCAGUAUGUACAGUGAACUGAUUGAUACCUUGAGUCUUUUGCUCAUUGGUCUUGGGGGGCCCAGUUUUGUGAAGUGACACGAUCCUAUUCUGCAAGAGUGGUCUCAGUUAUAAUUGGCUCAUAGUGUCAUGGAAGACUCAAACGCCAUUGUCUGCCGCAAAUGUUUUGAAAUGGAUACCACCCAUCAUAAGCAUUCAGAAGUCCUAAUGAUCCUUUUGAUGGGGUGACUGUUCACAGACUUAUAAGCAUCUGAAAACUAGAGGAAAGAAUGGAAAAUAUUUUGAAACUUCAUCUGUGAUGUGAUGCAAGUACGAUCUCUGAUUAAGGGUGUUAAGGAGGCGUCCUUUCAAAGCAAGAGAACCUGCUUUGAAGGAUAUGUCUGUUACUUAUAUUGUAACUUGGACUCUAUAGACAUAUGGCAGAGAACACAAUUCUCCAGAAAGCAAAGGAGUUUGACUGAUGGAAAACAGAAGAGAGCAAUCCAAGAGAAAUCCUGCCAGAGGAGGAGCCUGAACCUGAAAUUUACUGUUGAAACUACUUCUGCCUUGGGCUUAAGUACCACACUCAGCCAAUUCUGCCAUUGACUUCAGUGUGGCUCUGCACAGAUGCAAGGAACUGCUUUUUGGACCUCGCUAAGUCUGGAGCUUAAAAGCCGGUAGACUUCCUGACUGGCAAUCAUGUCGGUCAAGCUCACAUUUGUCUCUCCUGGUGACGGGGGUGGUAUCAGCAGGAGUUGUUCCUUCACUGGAUUCAGCACUGUGCAAAGCAGAAAACUAGCAAAGUCUCUCAGCAGAAGUUCAGUGAGAUCAAGAAUGUCACGGAAAUCCCCCAAGGCUUAUAAUUCCCUGCAGAAGGGUGCAGUCAUCUGGGAUCCAAAGCCACUGCAGGUGAAGAAAAUUUUUGAAGCUUUGAAGAAAGGACUUAAUGAAUACCUGGAAGCGCAUCAGGCUGAACUGGAUUAUCUCUCUGGUCGACACAAAGAUACAAAAAGGAACUCCAGAUUGGCUUUCUACUAUGACCUGGAUAAGCAAAUUCGCUCUGUGGAGAGAUACAUCAGAAAACUGGAGUUUCACAUAAGCAAGGUAGAAGAACUCUAUGAAGCUUACUGUAUCCAGUGCAGACUACGAGAUGGGGCUACUAAUAUGAAACAUGCCUUUUCCUUGUCUCCUUCCACCAAAGCCUCCAGAGAGAGCCUAGUAGAGCUUUACAAGAACUUCCAAGAGUGCACAGAGGACAUGUGCUUUAUAGAAGGGGCAUUGGAGGUCCAUUUGGGAGAGUUUCACUUGAAGAUGAAAGGGUUGGUGGGCUUUGCACGUCUCUGUCCGGGGGACCAGUAUGAGGUGUUUGUGCGACUGGGGCGCCAAAAAUGGAGGUUGAAAGGCAAGAUUGAGACCGAUGACAGCCAGACAUGGGAUGAGGAAGAAAAGAUUUUUAUACCCAAUCUCCACGAGAAGUUUGAAAUCAAGGUGACAGAGCUGCGAGGACUGGCCACUAUUCUAGUUGGUGUUGUGACAUGCGACAGCAUAAACUUCUUUACAACCAAACCUCAGGCAAUCAUUGUGGAUAUAACUGAACUGGGCACCAUCAAGCUACAGCUGGAGGUCCUCUGGAAACCCUUUGACACAGAGAACCUGUUUUUGUCACCUGGAACCACUGCCAAGUUUUCUGUGGGUAGCAGGAAGAGCUCGUUAUACAACUGGACCCCACCAAAUACUCCCAGCUUCAGAGAGAAAUACUACCUGUCUGUUUUGCAACAAAGGCAGAACCAAGGGGAUGUAAGUGAUGAAGCUCAGCCUCCGAGCAUAUUGAGCUACUUGGCUGCCUGUGAUUUUGAUGUACAUGGCAGGAGCAAGCCUUACAAUCCUGCAGAGACAAGUGAGGCAGACUCGUUCAGCUCUGAGGAUCAGAAAGGGACAGAAUCCAGAAAUACAACUCCAGCUCUAGACCAUAGGACAUUGCCAUUGGUUAUUAUUCAAGAGACUUGUGCAGAAGAGCGACAGCAUCCUCUUCCAAAUCACACAACUCUAGAUAUCUUGAAGAAGACUCCGUGUGUGGAUGGAUUUCCAAAUAACCCAUCUAGUUUUCUGAAUCGUCACAAAGGUAGUAGAGAUUCCUUCAGCCAGACCAGAAAUCGCCAUCUGACAGAGCAAGAAGACAUUAGCCAGCAAAGCUUGAAUGCUGCAAAUGACCUAAAACUAGAUGGACAUACAAAGUCAAUUGAUAAGACUCUACAAGAAGUGUUAAAUUUGCUGAAAUUACACGAUGUGGGGCAAGCCCAACUGGAGAAAUUGGAAUACCAAGUUUCAUCUCUGAGGGAUAAAUUAAAGCUAAAGACACUUCAUCACAAACAUUCAUCUAUGGAAAGUUUAAUGGUGGAGACAGUACUGGAAAGUUUUGACUUUUUAAAUGCUGACUGUAGUGCUGAUGAGCUUUCGUUAUUUGGAAGCGUAAGAACAGCCAGUAUCAGCACAUACAAUGACAACACGCUUCAGUCCCUGAGCUGUGACAUGAGAACAGAAACAAGAGAUGUAACUACUGGUGAUGACAACUUAGACGUACUUUUGAUAACUCACCUGAAGCUGUGCAAAGGUCUUUUGCAGAAACUGAGGUCACCAAAUGUAGCCCAGGUUGUCCAGGAGAGCAUUUUGGAAGAAGUAUCAGAGCAGACGCGAGUCCUGGGGGAUGUCUUGGAUAUGUCUGUUGAAGAAAUUAUUCAGAAGACUAAAAAGAAGAAGCACUAUCUGAAAAUCUGGAGUGAUCUUGCAGAGCCUGGCAGCAUCUUGUUUGCUUCAGCAGAAAGAUUCCGUCAUGCACUAAAAUACACAUUGAUGCUCAAAGUGAAGGAAAAAUACCCUGGUCAAUUAGAAGCAGUAUUGCAGAGGCUGCUGGAGCAGAUCAUCACCUGUGACGGGUUGCUCCCCUCUCCGUACCUCCAAACAGAACUGGUUACUUUAUUCCAAUUUUAUAGCUACCUGGAGAAACACCACAUUACCAGCCUGGAGAAACACUUGGGAAGACUUGCUAAAGAAGUAAUGCUAAUUGAGGAGCUACAAUGCCCUGGACGGCUGAAGACUCUUAAAAAAUUGAAAGGAAAGCGGCUGAACAAACUCCAGCCUCUACCGCAGACUUUACGGCUACUUGGGACUUUACAGCUAGACGACAACCACCGCGUCAGCAAAGCAGCCACAUCCUGCCUCUCCCAUGCAGCAGCAAACAAGAACUUCAGGGAAAAGGCUCUCUUUUUUUACACUGAUGUUUUAGCUGACUGUGAUGCAAGACUUCAGCAAGCUGCAUGUUUGGCUCUUAAAAACCUCAGAGGUGUUGAGAGUAUUGAGCAGGUCGCUCACCUGUGCCAAUCUGCAACAGAGGAAGUUAGGAAUGCAGCCAGGGAAACAACGCUGUCCUUUGGUGAAAAGGGACGGCAAGCCUUUGAGAAAAUGGACAGGAUUUGCUGUGAAUUAAGAGAAACUGUACAACAAGAGGCUGAAAUUGAAAUCACAGUGUUUUAGUAGUGAAAUAGGAGGAGCUGAAUCACGUUGUCCUCACAGCCACAUAUGGGUACCUGAGGAUUUUUUGUUGUUUAUCAGUGUCUGGUUUACUUACGCCCUGCUAUCUACAUGCUGCAUACUGAGAGAGUACAGGUUUAUUUCCAAAGGGGGGAGAGUUUGCAGUCUACACUAAGUAGACUGGAAUACAUUUUCUCACUGUCUGUCAGCACACGAUGAAAUACCAAGUGCUAGACAAGUGAAAACGAGGAUCUCUUAGAACAUGGAACCAGGUUGUCACUUGGGUUAAAAUCCUCGUCUCACCGGAAUUACUGCCCCUGCUCCAACUGUAAGUCAGUCAAAUAUGACCCAUUUCCCCAUAAAGUGUUUUAUUGAUUUGGCAUUUCUCAAAGAGGAGCGAAAUGAUUGCUCUCCAACAGUGCAUCUAGAAACUAGCAGACAACAGAUCACGUACAUCAACUGCCCAUAUACAUUAGAAAAAUCUAGCGGCAGUGCUUGGUGGUUUCCUUUUCUGGUACAGUUCAGUUGCAGAAGGAAAGCUUGUUACUUCAAAAGCCAGUUUCUUCAUAACCAUCGCAACUUAGGACAGGUUCAAGCAAGGACUGACAAGGCUAGGUACUGAGUGUAUAUCCUCAGCGGUUUACAACAGGAAGGUAUGUAUUGUAUUUGCCGUGUGCAGGUCUGACUGACAUAUGGACAGCUCUGUAUAAGUUUUUUGGGUUUUUUUAAAUUUAUUCAUUUAGUCAUAGAUCAAGACUUCUCAUAAUCGUACGCCCACUGUCAGGCUUGUUAUUCAACACUUACGUAACUUAGUGGAGGGUAGCCAUGAAGAGAAGCCUGGCUUCAGGUAAAAUACUUGAAAGGGUUUGGCUUGUGUGUAUAUUUUUUUUAAUAUAUAUAUUACUUUUCUAUUCAGUAUUUAUUUGUUGGAUUUCAUACUGUUUUCUAAAAUUCUAAUAAAACAUUUGAGACAA